AUGUCUGACUACAAGCUCACUAUCCUUACUGUGCCGAAGCUCUCUGAGCUUCCCAGCGAGGAGACUGCGCUCGGGGCGGCGCAUGCGCUCAUGGCAGAUACCGAGAAGUGGAAGAAAGGGAAGAAAUUCGACCAUGGGCAUGUGCAGACAUACUCGCGAGCGAAAGGCGCUGGCGACGGCGCAGGCUGGCACUGUCGCGUUUCUGAACACGGGCCGGAGGAUGCGUCGUUUGACGAGUUCUGGAAGAACCUCGGUAUCGAGCAUUCUGUGCGGGAGAAGGAAUACAUCAAGGAGGUGAAGAAGGCGACGCUCAUCAAACAGAUCUCGCCCGAGCAAGCCAUCUGGUCGAUGUACUACGAGUUCUCAACACUCGGCGUCUCCUCGCGCGUCUUCACCGCGCUACAAAUAGCCCAUCUUGAGACGGAAGAUGGACGCAGAACCGGGUACUUCAUACAAAUUCCCGUCGACUUGGCCGAAGACUCCGAGCUCGCGAAGAAGGAGGAGAAGGGUGUCAAGGGCCGCUACGUGAGCGUUGAGCGUCUCAAGGAGCUUGAGAACGGCAAGGUCGAGUGGCGUAUGGCAACAUCCAGUUCUCCGGGUGGGAGCUUGCCUAGCUUCCUCGUCGAAAGCACCAUGGCCGGGCAAAUAUCUGCUGACGUCCCACACUUCUUGACAUGGCUCAAGUCUACGCGAUCGAAGGAUGAACCCGCGGCGCCGCAACCUGCCGAACCUAUUCCUAUACCGAGCGAGGAGCACGCCGCGGGCCCCCUCGCGGAGACUGAUGCAACCGACGCUGUGAAGGCGAGCGUGAGUGUGCCGGACGCGGGUGGUGUUCCCGCGGCUGCCUAA